GCGCGCAUAGCGUAUACCGCGGGACGGGCCAUCUCCUCUACCAAUCAUCAUCAGUCUCGAAAAGUCUCCGAAGGGAUUCAGGCUAGGCUUUUACCUGGAUAAAACUCGCCGGAGUCCUUUGGUGUGCUGUCAUCUUAACCAUACCAUGAUUGUAGACAUUGGGGUACUCACACAGCAGGCGCGCAGGUCGAGCAGGCUGGAAUGAAAGCUCUCCGCUAAUGUUCCGUUCCUUUAAAAUGAUAUGACAGUUCGGAGCGAGCGAGGAAGCGAGCGAGGAAAGUCCCCAUGUGGUACAGGACGCAGCCAGCACGCACCGCUCCGAUCUAGUCAUUCCACAUACAGAAAGCAAGAAUGGGUAUAAAGAAGCGGCGGCGACGAAGCAAACUAACAAUUCCAAUCCUCCAUUAUCGCCAUCAUCAUCACACUACCUUCCAAAUCCAAUCCAAGACCAUAUAUCCACCACACCCUCCGCAUCUCCUUCCUCUAAUUCCGAGCAAUGUCUCCCACCACUACCACCGCCCUACCCAAAACAACCCUCUGGCUCUGGCCAACCGGCCUCUUCCCCCGCCGGAUAAUCUACUACCUCCGCGCCAAGCACAUCACACUCUCCGCCCUCACCGCCCACAACAUCCACCUGAUCCCCAUCAUCCUAUCCCCCACCACCGCGUCCCUAGUCGCGAAACCCGGCUACGAAGCCCGACCCGCCGACACCUCGCUGCCGUGCAUGCGGGUCGAGAAAGACGACGACGAGACGCUCUGGGUGCACGAGAGCCUGAGCAUCGUGGGCUGGCUGGAGGAGGUAUUCGACGGGGCGGAUAUCUACGGCAGCACCAUCUCGCAGCGUGCCAAGACGCGCGACAUACUCUCGCUCCUCAACGACGCGCUUGCGUGGAGCAUGGCCGAAAUGAUACACUCCGACCCCCGCACGCUGGCCUGGAGCGGCUUGGCGUCUGCGUCGGAGCAGUCACCUAGCGCGGCUGCGCACGCGGCUAAGAAGUUUCAUUUUUACCUUCAGCGACUGGAGAAUUGGGUCGAGGGCGAUGUGGUUGGGAAGGGGACGAGCAGUUUGAGUGGGGAGGGGGCGGGCGUUACGCUUGCGGAUGUGGUGCUUAUGAGCCAGGUGUGCUAUAUCGAGGAGAUGUAUGGGAUGGAUUGGGUGGCGGAGCAUGGGGUUUUGAGGGUGUGGGUUGAGCGGGCGAAGGGGGAGGCGUGGUGGGUGGGGAGAGAGGCGUUGGAAAGGUGCGAGAAGGAGGAAGAUUGGGAGGGCGUUCUUGGGAAAUGAAUGUAAUGGGUGGGUGUAAGGGGUGGAUAGGAGGAAGUGGCGUUAGGGCCAAUAGGAUCGGGGUUUACUGGACUCGUAUGAUUGCUAGCUGUUGUAGCCAAUUGGCAGAUCAGCCACUUGAUACACAACAGACAAGACGACUGCAGCUGCAGCGAAAACAUGUGCUCCCCGCAAACCCCCCACGCCCUACCUUAGGAGUUACUAAGCAUUCCUAGAGUAUCUCGAUUCAAUGACCGUACUAACGCCUUAUCCCACG